CGACGCCAGAGUGGGGCCGGAAGUGGUGUUGGAGUUGCUGCGCAGCGCCGCUGAUGAGAGAUUGAGCCGCGGUGUCAACGCCGGAGAGUGGAACAGAUCAGAGCCGAGCCCAGCCCAACCCAACCGAGCAGAACACAACAGAGCAGAACAGAACCGAACCGAGACUACAUCGCUGUUGAUCGCUCCUCAUCGAAACCAUGAAUCCAGUCUAUAGUUCAGGUGCUUCAGGGAUUCCAUAUGCAAAUCCAAAAGGAAUUGGAUACGCAGCAGGUUUCCCAGUUGGCUAUGCAGCGGCUGCUCCUGCUUUUUCUCCUGCUAUGUAUGCUGGUACCAAUCCAGCCUUCCCGACAGGUUAUACACCAGGCACACCGUAUAAAGUCUCAUGUUCUCCGACCAGUGGAGCUGUACCACCCUACUCCUCCUCUCCCAACCCAUACCAGGCUGCUGUAUACCCAGUUCGAAGUGCCUACGCACAACAGAAUCCUUAUGCACAGCAAGGCACUUACUACACACAGCCACUAUAUGCAGCACCACCUCAUGUAAUUCAUCAUACCACGGUUGUCCAGCCAAAUGGAAUGCCUGCUGCCAUGUACCCACAACCAAUUCAAUCACCCAGAGCAAACGGUGUUGCCAUGGGAAUGGUAGCCGGGACCACCAUGGCAAUGUCUGCAGGCACUUUGUUGACAACCCAUUCCCCAACGCCAGUAGCUACUCAUCCUGUUUCCAUGCCAGCUUAUAGGACUCCAGGAACACCGACUUACAACUAUGUACCCUCGCAGUGGUGAUCAAGCUGUUACUGGAAAUGUUGAAAGGUGGGAGAUAUGCAAUCAAACAAGUUUUAACACUUGGUGCUGAUUCCCACAUGCCUCCAACCAGGAUCCUUCCUUCCAGUUCAUCAAUGCUCUCUACUUGCCAAACACUACCAAAAAUAUCACGAAGAUUAUCGUGGCUGCAUAUCUUGCAUCUUGGAACUCAGCAGUACUCAAGUCAUGAAAACCUGUUUUGUGGACUGUCUUGCAAUUUUAUACAUUAUACAAAAGGGAGUAUAAAUAUAUUUGGAUUCAUAUCUAGUUCAAUGCAUGUUACAAAAUGCUUGCUCAAAUCUACCUGCAAUGACUGAUGCAAACCAUCAUAUGCAAAAUCCAAAGGAACUGAGAUUCAAAAAUGUUUUGCAACUUAAUUUCAAUAAUGCAGAGUCUUAUGUAUGUAAUCUUAAAAAAAAAAAAUGUGCAAGUGAAUUUGUACAACAGAUAGAAAAACUUCGGCUGAUCUGUUAUAUUUGUUUUUUUAAUGGGAACAGUCAAAUUCCUUUAACCAGUAUGUUAAUUUACUUUCUUGAGCAACUGGUGCAUUUACAGCACAUCACCUGGAGAUGGUGAUCUGGUAAGCAUGACAUGAAGCCUACAGGCAUUGACUUACCAGUCCUUUUUCAUUUAUAACUGCAUUAGAUUCGGUGUUAUGUUAGGGAGAGGCAAUUGUAGGGGUUAAAACAAGAUGGAUAAAGGAAAUGUAUUAACUUUUAAAAGGAUCUGAAAUGGGCAGUAGUAUGGUAAAAUAAAGUAUUUUUAUAAUCUUUGAUUUAAUAUUUCAGUAUGCCUCUGACUUACAAUCAUGGCACUUGAUGAUUUGUAGUUUUUGAAUUUGGCAAUCUUUACAUUCAUAUUUUAUUCAUGCCUAAGUUCUUUUUUGUAAAAUUCAAAAUCACUGGGCAAUAAAAAAAAUUAAAAAAAUUACCAGUGCUUAAUAACAUUCCUUCCAUGGUUACAAAAAUGGCAAAAAUAACAAAAGUGAAAUUUUUUCUCAAUCUUCAUAUAUAAUUUGAAUUAUUUUGAUUUGUUCCAGGUUUUGUAUUGCAUAGGAUGGCUUAGUUGGUUAAGCAAGCUUGAAUAACAUCUUUGAUGGCAUAAAUGAUUUCAUGCUUGCAAAUAUUCACACUAGUAUAAAAAUAAAGGAAGUAAAUUUCCUGUUGCUGGUUUAAGGAAUCUGCCCAUUGCAUCCAUUUGUAAUAUGACUUCUGCAGGGCAUGCUAGUUUCUGCACUAAUUGUGAUCUGUAGACUGUCGCAGUUAAAAACUGCUUCACUGAUAAUGAUAAGAAGGGCAGAUAGUUUUUCAGCAUUUGUUAAAAGCUUUCACCCAAAUCGCUGCAAUAGAGCGUUAUUUGUUUCCAUGCCCUGGUAAUGUCAUUAUCGAGCUUUCUUUCGGACCAUAAAAUGAAUGGUAUAAAAUAGCUUGACCCGCCAGCUUUUCCUGUUUGGGCUAAAUGCAUUACACAGAAGACUUGGCUAAAAUCUAGACCCAACAGUUUCGGACAAAGAUUUAGAGGGAAAACAGAAGUUAAGAAGCUUAAUUUAUAGUAUCCAAUGUAAAAAUCUUUGAGUCCUGCUUGCAUUAUUUUGAUUUGUAACAUAAAAAUCAGUUGUGUGCAUCUAAUGGGCUCGGUUGGUAAAUUGGAUAGUACAACUGACCGUUGAAAAUGAAAGGUUAUUUUGGGUUUUUAAUAUAUUUCAUAGGACCUAAAAGUUUCAAUUGUAGGAUAUUUGUUAUAUAACAUCAAGAAACAAAUUGUUAUGGCCAAGUAAAAUGGUGCCCUCUAAGCAAUCAAUAAUGGUCAUAACAUUAAUUUAUCAUGAAAUGUCAUUGCAGAAAUAUACCUACACUAUAGCAAAUUCUAAUUGUCCAAGGUUUGCAAUUGUCUUGCAGUGCAGUUGAGGGUAUACCGCUGUCUUCUUGUAUGUGAUAUCUGAUUGAUAUAGGGACUUUAACAGGUUGAUGCUGGUAUCAUACUUGAUGCAUAAAGGAUCCAAAUUCUAUGGGAUUGUUACUUUCUGAACUCUUGUCAGAUUCUACCUAAAUUAGCACAAAUGGAGAAAAUUAGUUGUGGAUACCAUUUUAUGUAGAGGAUUUAGUCAGUUGAUGAAUCAGAAUUGUUUUGAUAAUAGCUAGCAAGGAAGUAUUCAAGGGGAACAAGCACACAACUUUUAGAUUCAAAUCUUUCCUAUUCCAUUUUUCUAUAUUGAAAUUUUAUAGUGGACUUAGCAUGUAUGUUAAUUUCAUAUUUAAAAUACUCCCAAAACCAAUUCUUCAAUUCUGAAUAGUCAGCGCAUUGCUGCUGGUAAUAGUAAUUGUUAAGGAAUUUAAUUUUUGGAAGUAGAGCAUUAUGAAUCUUAAUGGUUUGUUCUGAACUCAAAUUUAACAUCCAGUUGUGCAGACGCCAGAAAAUGGAAUUAUGCAGGACUCCUAUGUAGCUGCAUUUCGGAAGGGCAGUGUGUCUUUUAGCUGGGACUUUGGAGGUUCUAUUACAAACCUUGCAUUAAAAUGGCACAAACAAGAAAGUAGUUUUUAAAUUGUAAUUGUAUUCUUGAUUCCUCUUCAGUUUGAUGUGAGUUAGAUAAUGAAGUCUUUGCUCAUUUUUCAAUGUGGGAUUUACAGGCUGUUUUCUAACCUGUUUUAUUACAGGUGUUGGAAACAAAUGUGACUAAACAAAGUGAUCAUUAUUUCAUAGCACUGUACUGUGGCUUUUUAAUCUUAAAACAUUCACAGUACAGACUUUCUGAAAGAUUCCUGAUUUUAAUAACAUUUACAGACAUGACCAGCAUAGCAAGAUUCUUUAAAAAAUAGUGUUUUCGGUGCUUGUUCUUUUAAAGAUUUACAAAUUAAAAUUUACAUAAAAAGUGAACCAAAAAUUAUCAACUUGAAACCAACGCUAUACACUGGACUAAUGCUUUAUUUUCCCUUUUAUUGAAAUAAAUGUAUCUCCACUCAUUUUAUUUCAAUCCACCAACUAAACUGAUAUAUACUGAAAUGUUGCUUUCAUUUCUACGGUGGCAUCAAUGUAGGCAAUGUACCCGAGUGCUGAAUAGAAAAUUUCAGUGUAGUUUUUCAAAUACGCAGUCUUCGCUUCUGCAAUGGUGAUUUGGAAUUGUUUGUAGUUUCUGUAGUAUUUGUUGCAUACCAAUGGUUAGUAGAUGAACAGGUCGUGGAGACUGAUUAACAGUGCAGAGCUGCUCAGGCAGUGUUUGUAACCAGCUUGUACACUUCCUUUUCUUUAAUGUAUAUUUUAAGGAGAAAAUAAUGGAUACUGAUGAGAAAGAAAACACAUGGAAGCCUGUCGAGGGUGAUGUUUAAUAUAAAGCACUGUUUAAAUCUGGGAGUUUUUUUUCAUAUUACACUGCACUCAUGCAGAGUUUGGCAUUCUUUUUAAAACUUGGCAGACCAAAUUAUGCUUUAUGACAAAUUAUGACAAAUCGCUCUCAUUUGGUGUUCACAUUCCUACUUGCAUUUUGGUGAGUGCUCGUUGAGUCAAAUUUUUAAAGUGUGGUUGGAAGGAAAUCCAAAACUUGACUUUCUUUAGCAUCCAGAAACUCUUCAUGGGCUAUGUUUGAAAUUUGCAAACAGUUAAGUAACUUUGCUGCACUUUGGAAUGCAGGCAGACUGAUUCUGAGCCAUUGUUGAACUUUUGUAUGAAAUGUUGACAGACUAAUUCUAUUCCACCUUCUAAAGGUUCUAUUCGGGGUAGCUAAUUAAAUGUCUUGUGAUAUUAAAAGUUACAGCAAAGUGUGCUAGCCUCAUGCAAUUUUGAGACUUUGAAAUAUGUUCAAGCUGCUUGUGUAAUGCAUGCCUUGGCUUAGAGACUGACUGAUUGAAAAUGACAUAUGGUGUUGAAUGAGUGUGUAUUUUGUUUGGUUCAUGAAUAUAAUUUUUAAUUGAAGUCUAUUUUCCAAUUAACUUUAAUGCCUCAGCAGUUCUUAAAUUUGAAAUGGGUUGCAUGUAUUCCUUCAAUGAUAUUCAGUGUUUGGUUAAAAUAAUUUGCAGUUGACUUGGAUUGGGACAAAUAAAAAAGUCAAUAUAGAUUCCUUGGCAAAAAUAUAUUUUUCUGCAUUUGGUAUAUGCACAUAUGUUUGUAUGAAAGCAUUUAACAGUUAGAUUGACACAUUCCAAAAUGUUGGAUCCCUGCCAAGCAACUGGAUGCUACUUUUCUCAUUCAUUCUUUGUAUGAUGGUGAUGCAGAGGGUCUCCUUUUUUCUCCCUUUUUUCUGCUUUGUGAGCAUCAACCGAGAAGCAGAAUAAGGAAUUAUUAGAUUAUAAAACAGAAUAUAUAGUGAGAAUAUCUAUUCAUCGCUCCAUCCAUCCAGCUCCUGUUCAUAUUCUUAGCAGAGCCAAUAUACUCCGCUGCAUUUGAGAUGGACUUGAUCCAAAAUGUUUCUCUGUCUUAAGAGGUUGCAAUUGUGAAUUGCAAAAUUUUAGUGACUGAGUAGAUUUGUGUACGUUGGUGUGCUGUAUGACAGCUUUUCUGUUCAAAAUAACCUAAUCGGAUGCAACACAUAGGCACAGCAAAAUCACCCCAGAUUGUUUUUGUUAGAGGCACACUUUUUUUCUUUUAAAAAUGACUCUGCUUAAUAAAUAUAAACAUAUUAUUUUGGUACAUAUUUAGUCUAGGUCAGUGUUGUCUUCCAAAAAUCAGUUUUAAAAGCAAAGCACCGUUUUACAUUGGAUAAUAUAAACCAGAAACUCUGACAUUUUCUUUCUGAGCCAGUUCAAUUAUGUGUAAAUUCAUACAUUGUUUUUUUAAAGCAAUCUGACAAGUAGGUGAGCUCAGAUUUCAAAAAAGAAACUUCAAGGCAUGUUUAUUGUAACAAGAAUUGUUAUGUAUUAAUACUUAAGUUUUCAAUAAAGAUUGACUUGUGUUGCUUA